AGUUCCGGUUACAUGGGCUUCACUAGCCAUACCAUCGUCUAUGAAGAGACAAAACGAAGUCUGAGCCUGCUCCAGGGUCAAGGAGCGGACCAUCGGCUAUCGCAAUCUGGCGCCGAUGAUCGGAUGGCUCCCAGGCACUCUUUCAACCAGCUCCCCCCUAUAGUGCGCCAUAUGAGCAUCUAUGUUUUGGAGGCUCUUCCAGGCCAAUGCAAUGAACAAAUCGCCUUUCGCGAUGAAGACUGCACUCAGAAGGGCUGGACGCAAGUCGCGCUGGCCCGCGUUACCAAGUCGGUUCAAGACCUGCUCAGAAAGAACCCAGACGGAACUGGUCCUGAUUUAGAACGAAUUACCGAGAUGAUAUGCAACAACACUGCUCAGCCUAUGAGAGACAUGGAUAAUCCGCAUCAGUGGAUGGAUCAGUUUUGUGGUGGGAAUCUCAGAUGGGAGUCAAUCGGUCUGAUAUGGGGGGGCUUGGAGCGUCUUAUGGAUACCAUGAACUCUUUCCGGCCUUGUCACGUUGAGUGGAUUCCUGGUAAGGGGUCUCACGAGCUUUCGAGAACGUAUAUAAAUUAUUGCAUUGAUUUGUCGCGGCACUUUUGUGAUGGCAGCCCUGUGUUAUUGGAUCUUCAUCGACGUCGAUCCAUUCUGGUGUCCGUCUUGGACGGUGAUGCGGCUGGAUCGUUUUGGUACUCUCAUGGCGCGGCUGUGGCCAUGAUGACCUUCAUGGGGCUACAUGCUCUAGAGAAGGAGAUUCCAUAUACACCCACGCUAUGUUCUGAGAGUAACAGACGACUCGUUGCCCAGAUCUUCAAUGCAGAUAAGUUCUGCGUUGCAUUCUCCGGGCGACCACCGCUGAUUAAUCGUCGAUACUGCACAACACCUCUACCGCUUGAUCUUAGUGAGGAAGAUCUGAUUGCAGAUGAGGCAACACUGCAGAAGGCCGUUCAAGGGCUGGAUGCUCGCGGCUGGAACACAAAGGGCCGCAUCUAUCCGAUAACACUCAUUCGAGCUCGCCGUAUGUUAGCGGGCCUUUUUGAGGAAGUGAUUGAGAUUGCACUGGGUUGUCGCGUCUGCAUAACUCUUGAUGAACUACGAAACAUACAAGACCGGGAAAUGGAAUUACUUGCGGGAUUUCCAGUCCAUCUUAAAUAUGAUUCGCAGGACUUUUCAGAUCCUGAGCUAGAUACCGAGUCCGUCUACGCCAGGAUACUAAUUCGUCUAACACAUUUGCAGACAAUGUUCUUCUUGGAGAGGCUGCUAUUGCUAAAUGGCAGCUUAGAAGAAGGCAAUUUGCUACUAUUCAGCUUCGAAAUGCUCAUUUUGACUCUUGCCAUGUGGACGCACAAAGACCGGUUCGCAGCAAUGCGACGCAAUUUUGAGUGGCUUCUCAUGGCCCACGCCGCACCAGCAGGCGGUAUCCUCUGCCUGGAACUGCUCAACCCAACGUUUACAGGCAAACAUCCCAAGGAUCCCCGAAUAACACGCUCGAGCAUCAUACAGAACCUCAGUCUCUUGGUAGGCUUUCUCGACUGGGUGCGUCCAUCCGCACCAAAUGGGGAUUUGUGCAUGGACUGCAAGGUGAUUAUACAACGAGUGCUGGAUCAUACCUUGAAUGGCAGUGUAGACGGCCAUAGCCCCCGAGCAUCUCUAGCAUACGACUUUCCAGAGCCUCUGGACUUUAACUUUGAGUUGCUAGAUACUUUUGGCUGGCUGCAU